ACAAAGGGUGCUUAUUCUCAGCCAGGUGGAUAUUUUCUCUUUGUUGAGAAAAGAGAGGAGCUGAAGGAAAAGUACCUUAGGGAACCCAGGAAGGGGAUACAGGCUGAAGAGAUUCUGCAGGCAUAUCUGAAGUCCAACAUGGUUAUGGCUGAGACAAUUCUGCAGAGAGACCAGGCUCUCACAGUAAAGCAAAAGGAAAUUGAAGCGGAACAGGCAAAAGCUAAGUCUGCACAGGCUACUGUCAAGAUUUUGGAGGAAAUGGAAGAGAAGCACGUGCAGAUGAUGAAAGAGAAAGAAAGAUGUCAUCAGGAACGAGUGAGGCAGUUGACUGAGAAGAUGGAGCAGGAAAGAGCUCAGAUAGUGGAGGAGCAAGGGAGGAUUCUGGCCCUUAAACUGCAGGAACAGGAACGACUGCUCAAGGAAGGGUUGAAAGAAGAGAGUAUAAGGCUUCAAAAUGAGAUUCAGGUUAUGGAAAAGAAAAACAGAGAAAAAGUACACGAAGAAGCUGAAUAUGCUCAGUCUGCCAUGAAAAUGCUGGAGGAUAUGCACAAGAUGGAACAGCACAUAAUGGUACAGAAAGGAAAAAGUCAUCAGGAGCACAUGAAGCAACUAACUGAGAAGAAAGAGGAUCUUGGAUGUCAGGUUUUCGUGGCAUCAGAAACGAUGAAGGCCCCCAUGUGUCUGGUGGAAAAUAAGAACAAGCAGCUGUUGGUGAAUCCAGGUGCCAUCCAGAUUCUUAACAGUAUUUCUCAACCUGUUGUGGUGGUGGGCAUUGUGGGAAUGUACCGCACAGGAAAAUCAUACCUGAUGAACUGCCUGGCUGGACAGAACCAUGGCUUCCCUCUGGGCUCCACAGUACAGUCUCAAACCAAGGGCAUCUGGAUGUGGUGUGUGCCCCACCCCACCAAACCAAAUCACACCCUCAUCCUUUUAGACACUGAGGGUCUUGGGGAUGUAGAAAAGGGUGACCCUAGGAAUGAUGCCUGGAUCUUUGCACUGGCUGUUCUUCUGAGCAGCACUUUCGUCUACAACAGCAUGAGCACCAUCAACAACGAUGCCCUGGAGAAAUUGCAUCCUGGUUAUGUGACAAAACUCACAGAGCUCAUUAGAGCAAAGUCCUCCCAAAGAUCUGAUACAAUAGAAGAUGCUAGAGAGUUUGUGAGUUUCUUUCCAGACUUUAUCUGGACUGUACGGGACUUCACCCUGGAGCUGAAGUUAGGUGGUCACUGCAUUACGGAAGAUGAAUACCUGGAGAAUGCUUUGAAGCUGAUUCCAGGGUAUAAUCCCCAAAUCCAGACAUCCAACUGGCCAAGGGAAUGCAUCAGACAAUUCUUUCCUAGGCGGAAAUGUUUUGUCUUUGACUGGCCAGUGAGUGAUCCACAGCUCUUAGCCAAGAUUGAGAAUAUACCAGAAAGCCAACUGAAUCCUAAAUUCCAGAAGCAAUCGAAGACUUUCUGUUCUCAUAUCUUCACCCAUGCAAGUACCAAGAAACUCAAAGAGGGAAUCCUGGUCACUGGGACUCGAUUAGGGACUCUUGUGGAGACCUAUGUGGAUGCCAUCAACAGUGGGACAAUUCCUUGCUUGGAGAAUGCUGUAAAAACACUGGCGGAGCGUGAGAACUCAGCAGCUGUGCAGAGGGCGGUUGACCACUACAAUGAGCAGAUGGCCCAGCGAGUGAGGCUCCCCACAGACACACUCCAGGAGCUGCUGGAUGUGCACACAGCCUGUGAGAAGGAAGCCAUUGCUGUCUUCAUGGAGCACUCCUUCUCAGAUGACCAGUGGGAGUUCCAGAAGAAGCUUGUGGCCACCAUAGAGGAAAGGAAGGAAGAUUUCAUGCAACAGAAUGAAGCAGCAUCUGUCAGUCACUGCCAGGCUGAGCUGGAGAAGUUGGCAGAGCCCCUGAGGGAGAGCAUCUCACGUGGAGCUUUCUCUGUUCCUGGUGGGCACAGCCUCUACUUAGAAGCCAGGAAGAAGGUUAAACAGGGCUACCAGCAAGUGCCCAGGAAGGGAGUGAAGGCAAAUGAGGUGUUCCAGAACUUCCUAAAGUCACUGAUCACUACAGAAGACUCCAUCUUGCAGUCAGAUAAAGCCCUCACUGAUGGACAGAAAGCCAUGGCAGCUGAGCAGGCCAAGAAGGAGGCGGCCGAGAAGGAACUGGAGCUGAAAAGUCAGCAGCAGAAGGAACAAGAGCAAAUGAUGGAGGCUCAAAAGAGAACCUUUUCAGAAAACAUGGCCCAGCUGCAGAAGAAGAUGGAGAGGGAAAAGGAGACCAUUCUGAGAGAGCAGGAGAGGGUACUGGAUCACAAGCUGAAGGCACUAAAAGAACUAAUUCUUGAUGGAAUUGAUGAGAGAUGUGAUGAUUUAAGAAGAGAAAUAAGGCUAAGAGAAGAAGAGAUUGAAGACAUUAAAAAUAGCUCCAUUCAGAAUAUCCUUGAUAUUGCUGGCAAUAUAUUAACUGAAGCACUUCCUGUACUGUGUAAUAUAGGGAUGCAGCUUCUCAACUCCUAUAUGAUAGGCUGAGGAUUCCUGCAAAGUAUAGUAUGAAGGCCUCUUAUGUGUUAGCAAUACUGUUAAACACACUUUUUUCAUGUGUGUGUCAUCAUGGAUUCAUUCAACAGCCAUUUCAAAUUAAAGACUUAUCAAAGAAUGUCAGAGGCCCACAACUUCCCCACCAAAAAAUCAACUAAAAUUUCAUUUGAUAAAUAUAAAUCAUUCAUGAAAAAGAUGUAGUCAAGGCACAAAGGCAAAUGGUCCACCCAUAAAUUCUCACCAAUAUAACUGCCCAACCAGGAGCUGAACAAAUACAAUAAACUUGUCAAAGUAUACAAGAAAAAGCCCUCUACCUUAUGCAAAGAACUACAGAUAACUACAGAAGGUUAAGAGCAAGAGAAAUACUCUUCUCCAGAGAAGAGCACACCAAUUGGUUAUCCAAUAUCAAAUGGUCAACACUGAAAAUAUACAUACAAAUAACAUUAUACAGACUGAACAGCUUACAUUUAGGAACACAUAUAUGCAUGCAAUAACAAUUAAUGAAAAAAGAGGCCAUGAAUUUGAAAGAGAGCAAGGAAGCAUGGUGUAUUGGGAGGGGUUGGAGGGAAGACAGCAAAGGAAGAAAUGUAAUUUCUAAUGAAUAAAUGAAUUAAUUUCUAAUGUAAUUUAUAUAAUUACUAUUAUAAUAUCAAAAAUUAAAAA